AUGGAGAGACAAGGCCGCCCUGUCCAGGAGAAAGAUAUUCACAUCAAGUCUUCCAUAUUAGCAGCUGACAAAACUAUCUGCCGUAGAUGUGGUGGUGACAAGUUAGGAGGCUGCGUUCCAUGCAUCUGUGACUAUCACCAGACAGUUAAAUUUGAGUCUGGCGCGUGGUUCCUACGUCAAGUGCAAAAAGCCUUCACCCUAAUGCCUUGGUCGUUUACCACCGAUAAACUGGAACAAAUUGAUGAGGAAUCUGAAGGAUCAAGUGAAAAUCGCGAUCUUCAUAAUGUGAGAGAAUUCUUAGAAGCCAUAUCCUCAAAAUUGGCUGGAGGUCCUCUUGAAGGAAUAAGGGUCGCGCCGCUGUACGACCAUCCAGCCUGUAAGUAG